AUGUUUAAAUCAACUUUUGUUGAAAUAAUCUGUGUUUUAAUUUUCACUCUAGCUAUUGCAGCCUCCCCAAUCGCUUCAGGCAUAGCUGCUAUUUCUAUUAAUAAUAUCUCAAAGGAUUUUAAUGUAUUGGGCGUAAUUAUCAGUUUGGGUACUGGUUCCUUUUUAUUGUUAUCUGGAGGAAUAGCUGAUGCCCUGGGUAGAAAAAUGACAAUUUUAAUUUCUUUUUUCCUAUUCAUAAUAUUCAAUAUAAUUUCCGGUUUUAUGAGAUCCUUCAUUGGUCUCUGUAUUUCUAGAGCAUUAUUAGGUGGUUUUAUAGCUGGUGCUACUCCAGCCGCUGCUGGGAUGAUUGGAUCUAUCUAUGAGACUGGAAGAAGAAAAAAUAGAGCAUUGGCUACUUUUGCAGCUGGUGCUCCAGUUGGAUUGAUCUUUGGGGUCUUGAUUGGUGGUAUUGGCACUGAAAUAUUAUCUUGGAGAGCUUGCCAUUUCUUUCUAGCUAUUUUUUUCUCGGUUGUAUUAGUUUUAGCUGUUUUUGUAAUUCCAAAUGAUCCUCCUUUGAAUUUCGAAAAGGCUUUGAAUAUUUUAUCUUCAUUAGACUAUGUUGGUGCAUUUUUAUCUUUGUCAGGUUUCACUUUAUUCUGUUUUGCUUUAACACAAGUCGAUGUCACUGAAAGAGGAUGGAAGACUCCUUAUAUUCUUGCAACAUUUAUAAUUGGGUUUUUAUUAAUCGUUGCAUUAUGUUUCUAUGAAGCCUAUAUUCCAAAAUUACCUUUAAUGCCAAUGCAAAUUUGGAAAUCGAGAAAAUUUUCUCUAUCAAUGUGUAUUAUCAGUCUAAGUUGGAUGAAUUUUGUUGGAACAAUUGUUUUUUAUUCGAUUUUAUUUUUUGAACAAGUGUUGGGUUAUUCACCUUUAUUAACCACUGCUUGUCAAAUAACUCUUGGUGUUGCGGGUAUAUUAGUGAAUGUCUUUGCAGCUUUUACAUUGCAUAAGAUUACUGGGACAGUUUUAAUGUUAAUUGCAACAUUGGGUUUCAUAAUCGGUUCUAUUUUUUGGUUAACCAUGGAUAUUGAUAGAAGUUAUUGGUUAGGACCCUUUUGGAGUUAUAUAUUUUGUGUUAUUGGAGCUGAUAUUGCAUAUAAUGUGGUUAAUAUUAUUACAUUAACAUCAGUGCCAGAGAAUUUACAAAGUUCAGCAGCAGGAGUGUUUAAUACGAUCAUUCAAAUAAGUUCGACUAUUGGGUUGGCUAUAACAACUGCGUUAGUUAGUGCAAGAUAUGAAUAUUAUGGCACUGAAUUACAGACAAUGUAUCCAGAUCGAUUAUUUGAUGGGUUUAAAAACGCAUACUGGUUUGCGUUGGGAUGUGGUAUUUUAGCAUUUAUAUUGUCAUUUUUCUUAAAAGUUGGAGUUACGGGGAAGAGAUUGGAUAAACUAGAUAAUGUGAAUCUGAAUGAGAAUGAGAAUGAGAAUGAAAAAAACAAUAAAGAAAUCGAGUUUGAUGAAAAAAUGAUUAAUGUCAGUAUUUCUAAUUAA